AUGUCUCAAGAACGGCGGUUCAGAGUCAUUAUCGUGGGAGGCUCUGUCACAGGUCUCACAUUAGCUCACAGCUUGCACAGAAUCGGAGUCGAUUACACGAUUCUAGAGAAAAGAGCCAAGGUUGCACUACAGGAGGGCGCCUCAAUUGGAAUCCUGCCAAAUGGUGCUCGAGUUCUGGAUCAACUUGGGCUUUACAAUGUCAUUGAGCAGUCCGCCGUCCCUCUAAAAACAUCACACAUCCAUUUUCCCGAUGGCUUCCACUUUACCAGCCCUUACCCCAGGAGGAUGUUGGAAAGUUUCGGAUACCCUAUUGCCUUUUUAGAAAGGCGGAGACUGCUCGAAAUCUUGUACGACGCACUGCCUGACAAGACCAGAGUUCAGGUCAACAAAACAGUCUCCGACAUUGAGCAAUACUCAGAAGGAGGCAGAUACAGCGUCCGGGUCCGGACCCUCGAUGGAGAUGUGUAUGAGGGUGACCUCGUCGUCGGAGCUGAUGGCGUGCAUAGUCGAACUAGGAGAGAAAUGUGGCGUCUGUCCGGCUCUUCGUCGACGGGCGAUGUCCCAGUCAGUGAGAAAAACGGUACGUCGGUGGAGUAUUCCUGUGUUUUUGGUAUCUCACAGGGAUUGUCUGGCCUGAGGGCUGGAGAGCAGGUUAUGCGCAUGUACAAUGGGCGAACCUUGGUGGUGAUACCGCACAAAGGCGAGCUGGUUUUCUGGUUCUUGGUACAGAAGCUUGACCGGAAAUACGAUUAUAGUAAUGCCCCUCGCUUCACGUUGGAAGACGCCGCCGCACAGUGCUUGCAGGUCGCUCAUGCUCCUAUAGCGGAUGGUAUCCAGUUCGGACAUGUUUGGAAGACGCGACAGACUUUCAACAUGCUCUCUCUAGAAGAGAACCUUUUCAGGACUUGGUCCUUCGGUCCUGUGGUCUGCAUCGGAGACAGUAUACAUAAGAUGACAGUCAAUCUUGGACAAGGCGCAAACUGCGCCAUUGAAGACGUUGCAGUCUUAUCCAAUCUAUUACGCGAGCUCCUCUUGGAGAACAAGGAUCUAAAGCCAACAUGUCGGGAGAUUGAUGUUCUGCUGCGACGCUUCAACCACAUGCACUUCUCAAGAGUGUCACAUAUCUGUGACAUGUCUUGGCUGGUAGCACGAGUGCAUGCACGGGAUGGAUUUCUUCGCAAGAUAAUAGGAAGGUAUGUCAUGCCAUAUUUCGGUAGACGAUUCGAAAGUCGGCCCUUCAAGAUGAUUGCAGAUGCUGCAGCAUUGGAUUUCUUGCCAUUGCCGAGAUCUUCUUUUCCAGGCUGGAAAAUGUACAAAAGCAAAGAGGGUGGGGUAGGGCCAUGGGCUGUAGUCCGGAACGUAAUUUUCCUGUUGGCUACGUUAAUGGUGGCAUGGGUUUGUAGGCAGUGGGCCUAA